UUAUUUGCCUCUACGGCUCAGUUUUAAGUACUCAUGAAAUGUGGAUCUUUAAAUUGAAUCAUGAGGCUUAUCCAAGAAGUACCUUUUUAUUCAUUGCCUUUAUCCAGCUCCAUGAAGGUUUUUAGUUCAUUCCAUCAAUUUCAGAGAGGAAACCGGAAACGGAAGUCAUUUCGCGAUAAUUUCCAAGAGAAGUCACCAUGGCUACUCGGGAAGAGGUGCUUGCCUUACGAGCUGCAGUUGCCCAGCGUGAGGAGGAGCUGAAUUCCCUAAAGCAGAAGCUGGCGGCGGCUCUUUUGGCGGAACAAGAACUGGAGCCAGAGCGGCGAGUUCCGGUGUCGCCGCUGCCGCCGAAGGCUGCCUUGUCCCGAGACGAGAUUCUGCGCUAUAGCCGCCAGCUAGUGCUGCCAGAGCUGGGCGUGCACGGACAGCUACGCCUGGCUGCCGCAUCUGUCCUCAUCGUGGGCUGCGGUGGGCUUGGUUGCCCGCUGGCGCAGUACCUGGCAGCAGCCGGCGUGGGCCGCCUUGGCCUUGUGGAUUACGACGUCAUUGAGUUGAGCAACCUGGCCCGCCAGGUGCUCCAUGAGGAAGCACUGGCUGGCCAGGCCAAAGCCUUUUCGGCCGCCGCCUCUCUGCGCCGCCUCAAUUCGGAAGUAGAGUGCGUACCCUACGCCCAGGCCUUGACCCCAGACACUGCGCUAGACCUGGUCCGCCGCUAUGACGUAGUGGCCGAUUGCUCUGACAACGUCCCCACUCGCUAUCUGGUUAACGACGCCUGCGUGCUGGCUGGCCGGCCUCUCGUGUCUGCCAGCGCCUUGCGUUUCGAGGGCCAGAUUACAGUCUACCACUAUGACGACGGGCCUUGUUAUCGCUGCAUCUUUCCCCAGCCACCCCCGGCGGAGACAGUGACCAACUGUGCCGACGGCGGGGUGCUGGGUGUCGUAACUGGGGUUGUGGGCUGCCUGCAGGCUCUGGAGGUGCUGAAGAUCGCUGCGGGCCUGGGUCCUUCGUACAGUGGAAGCCUGUUGCUCUUUGACGCCCUCAGAGGGCAUUUCCGCUCUAUUCAGCUGCGGAAACGUAGGUCUGACUGUGCAGCUUGUGGGGAGCGGCCCACUGUGGCUGAUCUGCAGGACUACGAGGCCUUCUGUGGCUCCUCAGCUACAGAUAAGUGUCGCUCCCUGCAGUUACUGAGCCCAGAGGAGCGGAUUUCUGUUACCGACUAUAAGCGACUUCUGGAUUCUGGGGCACCCCACGUAUUGCUGGAUGUCAGGCCUCAAGUAGAGGUGGACAUCUGUCGUUUGCCCCAUGCUCUGCAUAUCCCUUUGAGACAUUUGGAACGAAAGGAUAGGGAAAGCCUAAAACUCUUAAGAGAAGCCAUCCAGGAAGGGAAUGGGGACACGCAGGAGGGGACUGCUGUCUACGUUUAUGUGAUUUGCAAACUGGGAAAUGAUUCCCAGAAAGCUGUGAGGAUCCUACAGUCUCUAACAGCAGCUCAAGAGUUAGAUUCUUUAACAGUUCAGGAUAUUGCAGGGGGCCUCAUGGCUUGGGCUGCCAAAAUCGAUCAGACAUUUCCACAGUACUGAGGUGCCUGGUUUAGUCUGUGUGAACUGCUAUAAUACCUCGAAGAUAUAUUUAUUUGCAUUUUUUGAUACUAUAAAGAGCUUGGGAUUCUAUAAUAAUAUAUGGGAUCUCUUUUAUAAGGAACUUUCUGAUUAUAAUAUGUAUCAGAGGACUUACAAAUUAAUGGACUAUAAUACAGUUCCUGAGAACAAUCUUGUGUUUUCACUUCAUCACAGGAUAUCUUAGAAAUGUAAAAUACAAUGUGAAAGGAUUUUAUAUUUUAAACCACAUCAUUUAUCUCUUUUGGUUUUAAUGAGACAGGGUCUCACUAUGUAGUUCAGGCUGGCCUUGAACUCUGUAUGUAGCCUAGACUGGCAUCCAACUGAGGCAAUCUUGUCUCAGCCUCCUGACUGCUGUGAUUAUGUGCAGGUGCCACCAUACCUAUGUUUUCUUUAAUUUUCACUUUCCCCCAACCAGAAAUUAAAUUGUCCAUUUUAUACCUGGAAUUAAGACAUAAUAAACUUAGUAUUUCGGAAUUGAUUAUAGAUAAAGUGCUUAGGAUCAGUUUAGUGAGGUAUUUUCUGGUUCUUACUUUGACUGCAAAUGAGAAUAUAUCUUACAGAAAUAAAUGUUUCAUAUGUAACGUGUUUUAAUCAUCUAGAAAGUGGUCAUUGUAUUGCAUAUUUUGAAUUAAUAUAAAUAAGAAAUCAUUACAGUUUAGCAAAACAAAGGAAACUGCCUUCACAGUCUCUCAUUUCCCUUAUAAGUUGCUAAUAUUCAAGUUCCGUUUUGUACAAAUGUAUUUUCUAAAUUGUAUAUUAGUGUUUAACAAUCAAACUUAAACCUAGAAUGGUCAUUGCCUUUAACUGUGAAACACUAACUCAGUCUUUGAGUAGAUAUGUUUAAAAGUAUGGUCUGCUUUUUUUUUUUCCCCAAGGCAUUAUGGAAAUAAAGCCUUGUGGUGAGAAUAAAGGUGGCUGGGCUGA